GUGGUACAGGAAGGGUUGGGACGGUAUCGCAGCGGCAAGAUCAUGGUAUAUGGCGGAGAGGUCAAGCAGGUCGAGCGGUUAGGGGGUGUAUUGUCGUGUCCGGUAUUUCAUCGCACGGUCGACACGGUGGAGGAAAAGGGACGACGGUUACGCGAGUGGGCGAGGGUUGGACGGGUGAUUGUCACGACGAACGCAUUAGGGAUGGGGAUCGAUGUAGCGGACGUACGCAUGGUGGUGCACGCCGGAGCGCCGCGGCGUUUACGGGAUUACGCGCAGGAGAGCGGGCGGGCCGGGCGAGACGGCGAGAAGAGCGAGGCGGUGAUUGUUUUGCACAAGGGCAGCGACACGGUGCAGGGUAGGGCAAAAAAGGAAAAGGCCGAGAGGAAGGCGUUGGUCGAGGAGGCGAUGGAGGAGUUCAUGGGUGGGCGGCGAUGCCGGCGGGUGGUGAUGGACAGGGUGAUGGACGGAUACGACAGGAUGGGGUGCGAGGAAGGGGAGGUGGCGUGCGAUGUAUGCGAGGACGAGGCGGCGGAUAUAGAGUGGGUGGAAGAGGGAGAUGUAGCGGAAGGAGAGUUGGUGGAGGAGAUG